UCGGAAGACUACAUUUCCCGUCGCACCCGCUCCGCUUCCGCGGCGUGCUGUGCCUCCGUUGCCGCCGCCGCCGCCGCCGGCAUGCUGGCGGGGCUGCUCGGGCGGGCCGCGCUGCUCCCGGGCCGGCGCUGCCCGGCGCCGCUCCUGGUGGUCCCCGCGCGGGGCCGGAAGUCCCGCAACGACCCGCCCGCCAAGUCCAAGGCCGGCAGGCUCAACGUGCCGCCGCCCGUCGACCCGGCCGAGCUGCUGGUGGUCACGGCGCGCUACGCGCAGUACCGGCAGGUGGUCCGCGAGAUCAGAGGAGAGUUCAGAGCAGAGUACCGGAGGAAAUGCUACAGCGAGAGAUCCGGGGAGGUGUGGAAGGAGAGGCAGCGAGCCACUGCUGAGGAGCACCAGCGUUUGAUGGCACUGAAUGAUGCGGAGAACAAGCGCCUUCAAGAACUGAGGGAGGAGCGCCUCCGAAAAGAAGCGAUCCUGAAGAAGGAGCGUCGUUUGCAGGGAGCCCAGAACCGGGCCAUGCUUAUGGAAGAAUUCCUCAAGGAGAGGGAGAGCGAGGUCCUGCAACUACAGGAGGAAGCCAAGAACUUCAUCACGCCUGAGAACCUGGAUCAGCGGAUCGAGGAGUGUCUGAACAACCCACGCAGCUACAAUUUCGCCAUUGAUAAAGAAGGAAGGAUAGCCAAGAGGAGUGUCUUGCCCUGAGGAUUUCCUGACAGAGGGAUCUGGGUUUCUGGGAUAACCUGUAUGGGGCCCUCGUGGCCUGUUCCCUCCAGCCAUCAGACGCAUUUCGAGAGAGCAGUGGGGCUGUGUUCACUCCACACUGUCCAAUUCACUUUGAAGAGGGUUUGUCUGGAGCUUUGUGGUUCCAGAUCUUUGCAGACUCUUCUUGGAGGGGAACCCUUCCUGUUUUGCGAGAAUAAAAAGGAAUUGAUUUUGCUGAGA